UGCUCCUGCUGGGAGAGAAAGGCGGUUCAUACUUGCCUAAGAACUUGGGAGGUGGUGCCAGGGCUGGAGUUCCUCCAGCAACUCUGCCCACAGCAGAGCCCCGACUGUUUAGCCACCUCUGCACUGUCCGUCCAGGACCAGGCACCAGAGUUUUGCCCUGCAUCAGGGAAAUCUUGAAGCCCAGGAUGGCCCUGUCCAAUUCCACCACUGUUCUGCCCUUUCUGGCCAGGCUGUGGCAGGAGACAGCUGAACAGGGGGGCAACGUGUCAGGCCUGGCUCGAAGGUCUCAGCUCCGAGAUGACAGCAAGCUGGAGGCGCUCUAUAUCCUCAUGGUGCUGGGCUUCUUCGGCUUCUUCACCCUGGGCAUCAUGCUGAGUUACAUCCGGUCCAAGAAGCUGGAGCACUCACACGACCCUUUCAAUGUGUACAUUGAGUCGGAUGCCUGGCAGGAGAAAGGCAGGGCCUUCUUCCAGGCUCGUGUCCUGGAGAGCUUCAGAGCUUGCUAUGUCGUUGAAAACCAGGCGGCUGUAGAGCAGCCUGUCACACACCUUCCUGAACUGAAGCCAUUGUCGUGAACCUCACACCCUACAGGCGACAAGCAGGUCCUUCUAGUCACAUGCCUGCCAUAGUCUUUAUUGUAGGGGUACCAUUGAGUUUUUGUGAAAGACUGUGAGGGAUGAAUCAAUGACACCAGUGUUCUAAAAUUGCAUUCUUUCUAUAGUAGAUAAUCGAUUUAUUCUCCAGAAUCUGCCUUUGUCUUUGUAAAUCUGGCAGGAUCCCAGACAACAUGGCUUCUGAGAAUACAAGCUGAGUUUUCC